AGGGGAGGGGGGAGGAAAAACACUAAAGGGGUAGCUAUGGAGAUGGAGCGUUUUCCUGGCUGCUUUCUUUGACAGGUGUUGAGUGGGGCAAAAGUCUUAAAACAGAAUCCAGCAUGUACGCCAAAGGUAAAGGAGCUGUCGUCCCUUCCGAUAGCCAAGCGAGAGAAAAGUUAGCUUUAUAUGUGUACGAGUAUUUGCUGCAUGUCGGCGCACAGAAAUCAGCACAGACCUUCCUGUCAGAGAUCCGAUGGGAGAAGAACAUCACACUUGGGGAACCUCCAGGAUUUUUACACUCAUGGUGGUGUGUAUUCUGGGAUCUGUACUGCGCUGCCCCGGACCGGAGGGAGACAUGUGAACAUUCCAGCGAGGCCAAGGCUUUCCAUGACUAUAGUGCGGCCGCUGCUCCCAGUCCAGUGAUGGGCAACAUGCCACCCAAUGAUGGCAUGCCAGGAGGACCCAUGCCCCCGGGCUUCUUUCAAGGUCCUCCAGGAUCUCAGCCCUCCCCUCACACGCAGCCCCCCCCACACAACCCCAGUAAUCCCAUGAUGGGACCUCACGGACAGCCAUUCAUGUCUCCACGGUACCCAGGCGGCCCAAGGCCCGCCCUCCGUAUGCCAAAUCAGCCUCCUGGGAGCAUCCCCGGGUCACAGCCUCUCCUACCAAACAGCCUGGACCCCACCAGACCUCAAGGACAUCCAAACAUGGGAGGUCCAAUGAGAAUGAAUCCCCCGCGAGGCAUGGGGGGCAUGGGCCCACAGAACUACGGCGGAGGAAUGAGGCCUCCUCCUAACUCCAUGGGGCCAGGGAUGCCGGGCAUGAACAUGGGUCCUGGUGGAAGAGGUCCGUGGCCGAACCCCAACACCAACUCAAUAGCUUAUUCAUCUUCAUCUCCAGGCAACUAUGUGGGCCCUCCAGGGGGAGGCGGCCCACCAGGAACUCCUAUCAUGCCAAGCCCCGGAGAUUCGACAAACUCAAGUGAAAACAUCUACACAAUGAUGAACCCUAUCGGCCCUGGUGGAAAUAGACCUAAUUUCCCAAUGGGACCGGGUCCUGACGGGCCCAUGGGUGGAAUGGGUGCUAUGGAGCAGCAUCAUAUGAACGGAUCACUAGGCUCUGGUGACAUGGAUGGGUUGCCAAAGAAUUCUCCCAACAACAUGGCAGGCAUGAACAAUCCUCCCGGCACUCCGCGGGAUGACGGCGAGAUGGCAGGCAACUUUUUAAACCCAUUCCAAAGUGAAAGUCCCCAUGGGAUGCACCUGGAAAGCAGGACUCCCCUCAAGGCCCCUCAUCCCAACGCCUGUAAAAUGGGUUUAAGAACAUGAAAAGGCCUCCAAGCAACAGGAAGGGUCUCUUCGCAGCUUCUUCUUCACCUGCCGGGCCUCGACACGGGCCCUAGGACAGUAAGAGCCCGAAACUGCUCCAAGCCUGUCUCUCCCAAACCCAAAACCUGCCCUCAUGGGGGCAUUCAAGCCCAAACAAGAUGCCGCGCUGCAUCUACCACCACUCCAUCAUAUCACGCUGAUCAUAAUUUAUGAGGGCACGCAGUUGUUGACUGACAGGGGCCGAAUACCCUCAUUCAAAAACUCCUGUGUCAGGAAUGAUUAAAAAAAAAAAUAAAAAUAAAAAAAAAAGAACUGAUAAUGUUAUUCUAGGGCAAGAAUUAAAUGUUUGUAUUUUUUGUUGUUGAUGGUAAUAUUAUUGUUAUAAUUUUCAUAAUUGAUAUUAUUCUACUAAUGUAGUUAUGUUUUCCUGUAAAGGGCACAUUUUAUCUCAGCAGCAGCAUCAACAAUGACGGAAUAAGCACACACUCAAACAAUGCACAAUCAUUUUCUGUUUACAUGAUUUUAGGUUAUUUGUUUGUCUUGUUUUUUCUUUGUCACAGUCUCUCACUUCACAUACCUCUCCUUAAAACUUCUUCUGGGCUCGUAGCUUGAGUCUUUGCCAUCUUAAUGUUUGUAGCCCCAUUCGUAUACAUGUUCAAAGUAUCGGUGAUCGGGAUAAUUAACUCUCUCAUCUAAUAGUUUACUAUCUCGGCUAAAACUAUAAAUACAGUUAAAGCAGAGGCUUUCUCAGAGCGCUGCUGUUUUCUGGUACAAAGUGUCUGCUCAUGCACCUCGAUGAUCCUAUGUCUAGCUAUCUUGCCUUAAUAAGCACCCCUUCUCACAGUCUUCUAUGUUUUACUGCAUGGGAAUUGCUCUGAGGUGCCAGUUUCCAUUCAGUAACAGGCAGAGCAAGAGAGCAUCUCUUCUAUGGAUUUGGUCUUGUCUGUAAAUACAACAUAUUUAGCUUGUAUUGUGGUUGUUUUAUUAUUUGUUAUUUACAAGUUGUCUGUGGUUCCUACCCUUCCAUCACCUUGUUUUGAUUUCAACCUCACUGUGGACUCCAAGUGGAACUGUUUUCCUCCCAGGGUUCAUUCUGGUCUCUCGCCAAUGUCUCCUGUUUUUGGGGGACACAAAGAUACACUCACGAAGCCGGCUUUCUUGCUUGGAGUUUGGGGUGAACUCACAGAUUCUGUAUGAUCCACUUUCUUAACCCAGACAAGACGGGCUAAAUAACUGGCUCCCAAUCGACCAGUUCCCUCAACGAGCCCCAAUGCGUACGGGAUAAUGGAUCCAGAGUAUUGGGAGGACGUAGCAGCGCUGAUGACGGGAGCAGAGUGAUGCACCUUGGGGUUAACCGACCAUGCAGCCACAUCGGUCUGAAGACGAGGAACAAUACCGGGACACUUUUGUAAUGGAUUUAUUUCCAUUAUUUGUGGAUUGUUUUCAGCAUAUUAUUUUUAUUUGAAGUGUACUGAGAAAAUGAAAGCCCGUAGAAUCUGCACACAAAGAAAAGCAUAGUUACAUAUUACGCUAUUUAAUUUGUUUCUUUCUGUAUGUUAUGUGCCCUUGGCCUGAUCAACUCUCUGUCACUGCUUUCAAAGGGAUACAUUAUCUCUCAAGGCAUCACACUGCAGCAACUUACGUCAUGGCUGUGUUCAAACCGACAAUAACUAAACAACCGUUGUAGCCUCUAUGGGUGAUGGUGACGUACUCGUCAAUUUUCUGAUAUCAAUGUGAACAGAUUGUACCCAGAGUUCAACAGGGACAGCUCCAGGAUUUGGCUAUUGGUGGCCUGGGAAACACUCCAUGUGUAGUGACACACACCUCCCUUCUUUCCUCCAGUCCCAUCCCUCACCUCUCCCCAAAAAUGUCUCCCCUCCCUUCUCUUUAAUUUCCUGUUUUGUAAAUACUGUAUAAUGCAUUUUGAUAUCAUUGACAUGUUUUGAUAUGUCAGUCACUACCAAUGAAUACAGCUGAAAGUAAAUUAUAAAUAAAACUGUCCAUGUUUUUUUCAUAGAGAAAGGAUGCGCUGACUAUUUGGCUCAUGUGGCUAAAUUUCCAUAAAAAUGUAUAGAAUACAGUAACACAAUAAAUGCAGACUGUAUGCUGAAGACUUGUAUGGUGGGGAGGAUAGGACAGAGAGAGGACAGGACAGAGAGAAGCAGACAAGCUGUGGCGUCCUCACUCUGCCCUCGUCUCCUUGUGUUUCAGUUGAAUGUUACUAUUGGCUUUGAAUAAUCAUUUGAAUCAUUUUUCCAAAGGGCAUCUUCUCACAAAAAAAACAUGUGACCUCUUAUUGCAGUUUUUAAUAUGAAGGAUUUUUAUCAAUUUAAGAAAACUUUUAAAAAGGUAAAAAUACUUAAGAGAACCUCAUUUUAAAUUAAGACUAGAUCAAAAAGUAACUGUGUCCUUUGCUAUUCGCUCCUGUUAUAGCGUUGUAUAGAUCGAAGCUCUCUCACUGAUCCUCUCUCAGUCCUCUGUGUAUAUCGAUCGUUGGCCAUCUCUGUACUUCUAUUGUGAUGUAUAAUACUGUACCAUUAGGAAGAGUUGCUGGUUGGGCGGGGUGGUUAUGUUGAGUCGGGGAGGGGUGGGGGAUUCAAGGGAAGGGGAUAUAAAUGAUUCUCCUGUACCAUUCAUGGUCCUUUCUGAUGACACGGCAGUAUUCAAUAUGAAGCAGUCUGUCUCUUGGGUUUGCUUUGUAUUUUCAUGGUAGGAUAGUUCAGAAUCUUGUCUUAGGGACUUAGGUGUCUUGUGUAGGUAAUAAAGAUGUUCUUUGUAUGUUUCUUUAUAUUGUAAAGUUUCUUUAGACUGAAAGAAAAACAGAUAAUUUGCUUAUCAAAAAAGAAACAAUGCAUCAAUAAUAAAUGUCAUUUGAUUUUUCCUUGCUGUUUGAAUCUCUUCCUCUCAGCUCUCAUUUAGCUUUUAACCAUUUUGCAGUACAAAAGGAGAAGUUAUAUACAGUGUAGGAAAAGAUCACAUAAACAUUUUUUGUACAUUUUUUUGAAAUUUUAAUAUGUUAAUAU